CCCUGCUCUGGUCCAUGCAGUAGUCUGUUGGGUAGCCUCCCUGAAGCCAUCACCGCCAUGGGUCUCCUGUCUAUUUUCUCACCGCGUGGGGGUCGAAACAGGAAGAGAAAGAAGCCACAGGUCCCACGGGUGGUCGAGGACACCCUGGGCCGGUCCGUGACCCGUAGCGUGGGUGGCUUUGCCCUGGGCAUGAUCCUCGCCACAGCCUAUGGGGCAAUGGUCAUUUUCGUGCAGGGCUACAACAUCUGGUACUGCCUUCUGUCAACCAUCACCCUGGCCCUUGGCCUUGGCCUUGGUAUGGCCUUCUCAUGCAAAGUUCGUGUCACCGUCCUCCUCAUGCUGCCCCAGAUCUUCUCAAAAGAAGGCAAGACCAUGCUGUUGAUCCUGGCAUUCGGCUUGGCCAUGGAGGGCCCCUUCGCCAACAUCAUCCGCAACUUCACCCGGUGCGCCGAUGCCGUGUCGUGUGGCGCUGAGCUCGCCCUCAACCAGACGGCAGAAAUGCUGCAGAGGGCCCGCGAGCCCCUGAUCAAUGCGCUACGAAAAAUCAAGGACAUCGCCCAGAAGGCAAAAGUGGUUGGUGACCGCGUCCGAAAGCUUUUCCGGUCUGUCAUGGACUCUGUACGGCACGUGGCUCACUGCCUGCGCAAUGUGUGGUACUUUCUCCUCAACUUGGGCGAGGUCUGCAAUGAGGAGAUGGGCACCCCCUACCGGAAGUGCGCCCGUCUCUUUGACAACGCCAAGGACACUUGCGAGCGGGCCGUUCCCUUCCUCUACUUCCUCUGCUCCGUCGUCCUGCUCUUCAAGUACCUCUGCGGCCUGGCUAACGUCCUCCUGGUCUUCUGCACAAUCCCACAGUACAUAGCACCGUUCCUGCGCCGCAAGGUUGUUGAGCCGGUCGUGGAUGUGCUGAACCGCGUGCGACAUGAGUUCGAGUUCAACAUCACAGCUGUGCACCACUAUGAUGUGACCGUCAAUGCCAGCAAGAGCCUGUCCCAAGUCGCCUUUGACAUCAUGGAGGACGUCUCCGCACGCCUGCAGCCUGCGAAGGAGGCUGUAGGGCUUUUUGGCUAUAUGUCUACCUUGGUCAUUCUGUACCUCUACAUCAAGGCUCUGCUUUACCGGAAGCAUUAUUUGCACGAGGACAGUUUUGACAACAUCUUCAUCACCAAGCCGUUCCUGGAGAUGGACGCGAUGCGGAGGAGGAACAAGAAGCCCACUGUCCUGCCAUUGUCUGCGAAGGAGUGUACCAAGUAUAUCCGCCCAACCUCGCUCAUAUUGCCCCGCAAAGAGCAACUCCGCUACACGCUGGCCAUUGUCUCCCUCUUCCGCCAACUGACUCUUGCUGUCCUGCUGAUCAUCGCCGACUUUUCGGUCUUCUGGCUGUUGGACUUGGUGCGGUAUCUGCUGCAUGGAGAAAUUGUUGCAAGAGCCCCCGUGACGAUGAGCGUCAGUGUCAACGGGACGGGCUACACCGGCGAGGUGUACCGCGACAUGGUCUCGGCCUUCGAGGUCCUUCAGCGGGGCAACGUCAGCGUGCUGUCCCGGAAAUGUCGCCUGCGCCCGGCGGAGCCCGAUUACGACGGCUACAUCGUCAUUGGUCUCAUGUACGGCGUCUGUUUCUUCAUCGCCAUCUUCGGCACCUACAUACAGCGCCUGCGGCGGGUGGUGUGUGCUUGGUACUAUCCCUCCCGUGAACAGGAGCGCACCUGUUACCUCUACAACACCAUCCUGACACGAAGGACGGGACUGGCCCAAGCCGUGCUAAAGGCCGUGAGGAAUCGCUCAGCAGAUGGGGGCCACACCAACAUUUUGCUGGUCCUCGCAGCUAAGUCUCGACUGUGCUCGUGGCUGGUCAAGAAACUGGGCGUGCAUGAGUCCUACUGCAUGGGCUGCGGGAAGAUCCGCAAGGACACAGACAGCGUGGACUUUGUCACCUGCAGUACGCAGGGAUGCCGAGGUAUCUACUGUCCGGACUGCUACAAACUCCUGGACAACACGUGCUCCAUUUGCAUGGCGCCCUUAACCUACCAGGGAGACAUGGACGAGGAGGUGGAUUCCAGUGACGAAGAAGCCAUGGCUCUGUGGACCAAGGCAGUGCAGGCGCUCAGCGGGUCGCCGGACAAGGAACGCCAGAAGAAGCGGCGACUGCUGAGGGCAAGGAUCGAGCGGGCCGUGAAAGGGCACGGGGGCUGCCGCCGCUUACCCCCCGAACUGGCCAAGAAGAUCCUGGAGCAGCUGAAGGAGCAGGAAGGGAGCAGCAGCAGCAGCAGUGAAGACGACACAUCUAGCAGCUCUGAAGAAGACGGCUCCUCGGGGUCUACAUCCAGCAGCCUCGAUUUCAGCUACCAGAAAGAAGUGGAGACCAGCAGCGGUGAGGAGCUGGAGGAGGUGAAAAGCGAAAAGAGGUCCGCCCCAAAAAAGUAG